AUGCUCAUCAACUUUCUCUUAUCCCUCCUAUUCACACUCUCUCACGCCAUCCCACUACACACUCCCAACCGCACAGCUCCCACCCUCACCUCUACCUCAGUCGCGUCUUUCUCCAAAGGAACAUGGCUCGAAAACUUAGUCAUCCGACAAUCCGACGGCAACGCCCUCGUCACAAUCUUGUCCGCUCCCGAAAUCUACCUCAUUUCCACAAGCAACGAAUUUGCACCCAUCAAAGUAGCGACAUUCCCAAACGCGCUCGGGUGUCUCGGUAUCGUGGAGUUGCGUCACGAUAUCUUCUACGUGGUGGUUGGAAACUGGAGCGCGAGCACCGGUUUAUCGACUCCUGGGAGUUAUUCGAUUUGGGAGAUUGAUAUGAAGGAGCGCAGUCCAAAGACGAGCAAGGUUGCGGACCUUCCUGAAUCGGGGUUUUUAAAUGGGAUGACGAUAUUGAACCCUGCGCUUGGGGUUUUGUUGAUUUCGGAUAGUUAUUAUGAGGCGGUUUGGUCGGUGAAUGUGUAUACGGGGGAUGUUGCGGUGGCUGUUAAUGAUACGACGAUGGCGACGGUGCCUGGUGCGAGUCCGGCGCUGGGAAUCAACGGCGUGCACUUGAUUGGCGGGGAUUUGUAUUACAGCAAUACUAAUAAAGCGACGUUCAACAAGAUCCCGAUAGAUAUCCAUACGGGGAAAGCAACUGGACCUGCAGAAAUACUUUUGCAAUCAACGACGAGGGAGAUCUUUCCUGACGACUUUGCGAUUGAUUUAUAUGGAAAUGUGUGGAUGGCUUCGGAUUUGUAUGGAGAGCUGGACUUGCUCAUAGGUGCAGCUUCUGGGGCUGGGACUGUGACUUUGGAUAUUGUUGCGGGGUCGAGAAAUGAUAAAAGCAAUACCGGCUGGACUUCAGCGCAGUUUGGAACGAGGAAGGAAGAUGUGGAAAGGGGGAGUUUAUAUGUUACGACGAAUGGAGGACCGCUGAAUUAUAUUUAUCAGAACUGGACUGCUGGGGGAAUGCUGAUCAGACUUGAUACUGUGGAAUUGGGGCUUUAUUAA